AUGAGCGACGAACCGGAAUGCUGCGGCACUGGAUGCACCAAUUGUGUGCUGGAUUUGAAGCCCGUUCGGCAACAAUUGCCACUUGGGACCGUCAACGUCUUGGAUCGCGCGUACAAAGAGUUCACCUGCUGCUCCAUCGAGCAGGAAACGGAGGAAGUGUUUCGGUUCCGGUUUCGACUGCUAAACCCUCCGGAUAACGAUAGUCUGCUGGUGGUUCCGGAAGGAUGCCACUUAUUACUGCGGGCAGCAAAAACAAGAAGUGAUACCACAAAUCAGCCACCCGACGUUCGGUUACAAGCGUGGCGUGAAAGACAUCCAGCUGCAGCCAUGUGCUGUAAAUCACCAGCGCCUGCUUCUCGCAUAGAAAAGUUCGAUAAAAGCGAGGCAGAUCUGUACCUUAGUAGGCCGUACACACCAGUAGCUUUUCAACCGGAAGAGCGCACCUUUGAUGUGUUGAUAAAAAUGGAAGCAGACGGUGCAAUGACCGAUUACCUGCUGACGCUUCGCUUGGGAAGUAAGACCGAAUGGAAAGGAGUCUACGGAGAGUUCAGAUGGGAGCGCAACCAGUACCGUAAUGUGGUGGCCUUUGCACAAGGGGUCGCCAUAGCACCGGUUUAUAGCGCGCUGAGGACGAUUCUUGAUGACGAAGAAGAUGAAACAAGGUUAACGCUCUGGGCCUGCUUCCGAGAUCUAUCCAGCCUGUUGCUACGAAGCGAGCUGCGUUCAAUGGCCGCCUAUUGGAACUUUAAAUAUGCGCUUUACAUGUCUCGCAGAAGUUGUGCAGAGAACGACGAAAGAUUUUCGGAAAAGAUUAAAUACAACGAACCAAUUCACGACCGGCGUAUGGAAGCGAAUGAUAUUGAACGUUUACUGACGGGUCUUACGGGAGAUGCCAGUUCGCUGCUUGUACUGCUCUGUGGAACCGAGCCAUUCACUAGAUUCGUUAAAACUGUUUUAGAAAAAUUGCGAAUAGAAAAUUGUUUUACAUUUUAA